GCCCUCCCUUCCCCAGACUCUCUCCACCAAAUCCACGAGUUAGUCCGGCCAAUCAGCACGCCAAAUCUCCGUCACCCAUACUCGACAUCAUGGCGACGGCUCGUGAGCACAACAACGCCGACCGCGGCGCGAGCUUUGAAAAGAACAUUAAUGAGACGAGUGCGACCGACCAUGCGGCUGGACCCAAUGGCGGUGCCAAGCAGAGGGUCCCCUAUGACUAUGGCGGCAACCCUCUCGCCCACGUUGCUACCAACGACCCGGAUCUCCGCCUGGCUGCCUUUGGCGGGGAAUUCCAACCUGGGCUAUACCGACCCCCGAACCGCAAGUUUGCCAACCCAGCUCCCCUGGGUCUCUCGGCUUUUGCCCUGACCACCUUUGUCCUGUCCCUCAUCAACGUGCGCACCCGUCACAUUGGUGAGCCAAGCAUUGUCGUCGCCAUUGCCUACGGUUAUGGCGGUCUUGUUCAGCUCCUGGCUGGCAUGUGGGAAAUGGCUGUCGGCAACACUUUUGGUGCUACUGCUCUCUCGUCCUAUGGAGGAUUUUGGAUCGCUUUCGGCAUCAUCCUCACUCCUGGUGGAUUCCAGAUUGAGGAGACUCUUGUCGCAAAGGGCGACUUUUUCAACUCGUUUGGUCUCUUCCUCAUGGGCUGGUUCAUCUUCACCUUCCUCCUGCUCCUCUGCACCUUGCGAUCCACGGUAGCCUUCUUCUUCCUCUUCUUCACUCUCGACAUGGCAUUCCUGCUCCUCGGCAUUGGAUACCUCAACGCCGACGCUGCAGGCCCACAGGGCGACUGCAUUAUUGCUGGUGGAGCUUUUGGUCUCAUGGCUGCUUUUGCUGCUUGGUAUAACGCCCUUGCCGGUAUCGCCGACAGUUCGAACAGCUUCUUUGUUAUCCCUGUUGCCCACUUCCCCUGGUCGGAGAAGGGUCGUGAGCGUCGCCAGAAGGUCGACAACUCGAUUGCUCGUGCCGAAGCUGGCCACACCGCUUAAUGCAGCAUGUUGUACGCUGUUAUGUAAAUGUCCAGGAUAUGUGCUUGCUUGUAAGCAUACGACAUAAUAUGGGAAAAGGGCCCAAUGUAUCAUGGAUAAAUGGGCUUCUUAUUGCGCGCACCAAGGGGGAAGAUGUGCAUCAGGGCAUGACAUGGAUCAUUGUCGUUGAGUCACGGCGAUGAUAUAAUUUUUUAAUAUCUACUUUUCCAAUACCCAAUCUUGAAGAUUUAUUUUCUGAAAUUGUGUUGGAUUGUAUAACAAAACGCCGGGGGUGUUCAUCAGUCAUAGGCAGAUUGACAGCAAGGCGCGUGUAGGGAGUAUCCCAGCCAAGCACGUGUAGAAUUUCCC